AUGCAGAACAAAUGUGGGACCGCGACCGCCUCUCUCUCGCGCCUUUAUAAAUUCCUUCCUCAUUUCCCGCGAUCCCUUCUCCAUUUCCCACCUUUUUGUUAUAUCCGUCUUUUUUGCUUCUAUUCCACUCUGAGGGAAAGAGAGAGAGAGCGAUGGGAGGGUGCGCGACCAAGCCGGCGAACCUCAAGGCGGAGUUCGAGGCCCCUCGGCCGCUGGAGGAGCCCUUAGCGGUGGCGGCCGGUUCCAAGGCCAAAGAAGCGUCCGUAGAGGAGAGGAAAGAGGAGGCGAAGGCGGCCGCAAGUGGCGGCCAGGAGAUAGAGAAAGGGCCGCCGGAGGAGAACCGCAGGAGAUCCCUCGGCCUCUUGUUUAAAGAGAAGGAAGAGAGCAGUGGACCCUCUGAUACUGGGAAGACUUUCAUGACAGAGGCUGUUACACCACCACUGAAACUGGUGGAAGCAAAGGAAGAAGCAGUUCAGUCCAAGGCAGAAGUACAAUACACAGAAGAAUCUAAACCAGAAAUUAUAGCUACUGAUAUCUCAAAUCUUAAUCCCACUACUGAAAGAACAUCUGAUUCUUCAGCAGUUCAGCCCAAGACCGAAGUUCAAUCUACUGAAGAAUCCAAACUCAGGACUGUGGUUGCUGAUGUUUCAAACCCAAGCACCACCCUAGAACAAGCCUCUGUUCAAGCUACUGAAGAAUCUAAACCCAAAAAUCUGGUUGCUGACAUCUCAAACCCAAAUAAAUUUCCAGAAAAAGCCUCUGUUACUUCUUGUGUUGCAGCUUUCGAAGCACAUGAGAAGCCAGCGGAUUCAAAAUUGAAUGUUGAAGAAGUCCAGGCUGCUAAGGGAGAUGUUGUGGAUUCAAAAUUGAAAGCAGAAGUCCAGAACGAUAUGAGAGAAAGAUUGGAUUCAAAACAGAAGGCCAAAGAAAUCCAGACUGCAGAGGAAGAAGCAGUGGAUACAGAAUUGAACAAAAAAGAAGAAAUACAGGCUGCAAGCGAAGAAGCAGUUGAUUCAAAAUUGAAAGCAGAAGUCCAUAAAGAGGCAGUGGAUUCAAAAUUGGAAGCAGAAAUCCAUGCUUCAAAGGAAGAGACAGUAGUUUCAAAAUCAAAAGCAGAAGAACUCCAGAAUGAAAGGGCAGAGGCAGUGGAUUCAAAGUCAAAAGCAGAAGAACUUCAGACUAAAAAGGUAGAGGCAGUGGAUCCAAAAGCGAAAGCAGAAGAACUCCAGACUGAGAAGGCAGAGGCAGUGGAUCCAAAAGCAAAAGCAGAAGAACUCCAGACUGAAAAGGCAGAGGCAGUGGAUUCGAAAUUGAAAACAGAAGUUCAGACUGCUAAGGAAGAGGAAGUUGAUUUAAAACCAAAAGCAGGAGUUCAAACUGCUAGGGGAGAAGAAGUGGAUUCAAAACAAAAUGUGGAAAUCAUCCGGAUGGUUAAGGGAGAAGUAGAUUCACAACUGAAAGUAGAAGGCCAGGCUGCUAAGGGAGAAGUGGGGAGUCCAACAGGUGCUAUCAGACAGGAGGGAGCAGCUGUCAUGGAGAAGAAGGUAGAUAUAUAAUUGCCAGUUUCCUCUGUACAUGAAUUUGCUCGAGAGCUUUCAGAAGGGCACCUUUUUACUAUAGAGGAUCAUGGAUCAAAUGGAAGAAAGAACCACUCUUCUGGUUAGGUUUUGGGUAUGAAUGCUUGUGUAAUGUUAUUUGAGGCUGUGUAGUUUCUUCUGUAUUUUAUUUUUUUAAUUGAUGAUUUGUUAUUCGGUUUGACGAUCCAUAUCUUGAUUGCGUGGAAGAUUUUGUUUUGCACCUUCGCUUCCACCUUUCUGAUGAAUAUUAGUGAUUCAGUGUAGCUUGACAUAUAUUUUUGAAUAUUCUUGGAUGUUGGGGUUCUGAUCU